AUGGAGUUUGCUGCUGGAGCCAUCGGAGGCGUCUGCGGUGUUGCUGUGGGCUACCCCCUGGACACGGUGAAGGUCAGGAUCCAGACAGAUCCCAAGUACACGGGCAUCUGGCACUGCAUCCGGGACACGUAUCGCCGAGAGCGGGUGUGGGGCUUCUACAGAGGCCUCUCGCUGCCCGUGUGCACCGUGUCCCUGGUCUCGUCCGUGUCUUUCGGCACCUAUCGCCACUGCCUCGCACACGUCUGCCGGUUCCGGUAUGGCAGUGCCGACGCCAAGCCCGCCAAGACGGACAUCACGCUCUCCGGAUUCGCCUCCGGCCUCGUCCGCGUGUUCCUGACCUCGCCCACCGAGGUGGCCAAGGUCCGCCUGCAGACGCAGACGCAGACGCAGACGCAGCAGCGGCGCCCCUCGGCCUCUGGGACCUCGGCUGCGCCCCCCACGUGCCCCGCACCCGCUGUGGGUCGGGCGCCAGGGCCCAAGUACCGCGGGCCGCUGCACUGCCUGGUCUCGGUGGCCCGGGAGGAGGGGCUGCGCGGCCUCUACAAGGGCAGCUCGGCCCUGCUCUUCCGGGACGGUCACUCCUUUGCCACCUACUUCCUCUCGUACGCCGUCCUCUGUGAGCAGCUGACUCCCGCUGGCCGCAGCCGGCCAGACAUCUUGGGCGUGCUGGUGGCCGGUGGCUGUGCAGGGGUGCUGGCCUGGGCCGUGGCCACCCCCAUGGAUGUGAUCAAGUCGCGCCUGCAGGCGGAUGGGCAGGGCCAGCGCCGCUACCGGGGCCUCCUGCACUGCGUGGUGACCAGCGUUCGGGAGGAGGGGCCGAGGGUGCUCUUCAAGGGGCUGUCGCUCAACUGCUGUCGUGCCUUCCCCGUCAACAUGGUGGUCUUUGUCACCUACGAGGCCGUGCUGAGACUCAUGCAGGGCCUGCUCUCGUAGCUGGCGCCCAUCUCCUGGGGCCAACCCGCCA